GCCAGGAGCGAGGCCCGGGACUCGGGACAGUAAUAGUUGCACGGCCGGCGUGUGGUGUCUGUUGCUCCGCCUGCUGGCUCCGUUCUGGGAUACAAAGCCAAUGAAAUGCAAACAUGAGGAAAUCUGCAGAUGCUGGAAAUUCAAGCAACACACAUAAAAGUUGCUGGUGAACGCAGCAGGCCAGGCCGCAUCUAUAGGAAGAGAACUGAAACAGAAUGGCUCUAGCUGGAAUCCAUGUGAUUGAACUCGUUGGCCUGGCACCAGCACCAUUGUGUGGAAUGAUUCUGGCAGAUUUUGGAGCCAAGAUAGUGCAUAUAGAUCAGAUAAAGAGCGCUCCACUUACUAACACAUUGGCAAGGGGCAAACGUUCAGUUGCUUUGAAUCUGAAGAGACCGGAAGGAGCUGGAGUGCUGAAGCGACUUUGCAAUCAAUCUGAUAUUCUCAUAGAACCGUUCCGUAAAGGUGUCAUGGAGAGGCUGGGUCUUGGACCUGAAGUUUUAUGUGAACAAAAUCCAAGGCUCAUCUAUGCCAGACUGACUGGGUUUGGACAAAGUGGACCAUUUUCCAAAGCUGCUGGGCAUGAUAUCAACUAUAUUGCUCUCUCAGGUCUGCUGUCGAAGUUUGGCCGGAAAGGAGAGAAGCCCUAUGCACCACUAAAUGUUGUGGCUGACUUUGCUGGAGGUGGGGUUAUGUGUGCUAUGGGUAUAAUUCUAGCACUUUAUGAAAGAAUGCAAUCCGGAAAAGGACAAGUCAUUGAUGCAAGCAUGGUUGAAGGAGCAGCUUACUGUUGCUCCUGGCUUUGGAAAUCACAGCACAUAGGAAUUUGGGAUCAGCAAAGAGGUGAAAACCUACUGGAUUCUGGUGCACCAUUCUAUGAGACUUACAAGACAUCUGAUGGAAAGUAUAUGGCUGUUGGUGCAAUCGAGCCUCAUUUCUAUGAACAGUUUUUAAAAGCUGAACCUGGCCAUGGUUCGAUGCCACGACUGCUUCUCCCAUUCGGAGUCUUGAGUCAGAGAAUUCGGGUCUUCACCAGUCGUUGGUCUCUCGAGUUCCUGCUGCCAAUCGUUUUGUACAUCUGCUUGUAAAUUUUCCAGACAUUGCUUGGACUUUAUUGCCAAUUAUAUGUCUAUAAGUCAACUUCUUUUCCAUAUAUGUGCUUGUUUUUUUCUCUCUCAAAGUACUACUGGGGUGUAUAAUCACCUUACCCACCUGAUACCCCAUAGUUAUCAGAAUUUAAACUUGUAUAGUUUAUCAGACUUUCCUGAUACGUAGUAUUUUGUGUAUUUCACAGUGUUGUUGGGGGGGUGAGGUUGGUUGUGUUCACUGUGCAGUAAGGCUGUCUCAGCUGGAAAAGUACUGCAAUUACAUUGUCUAACUAAUAUGAACUUGGGCUUCAAAUGCCAGUGCGAUCCCCACUUCACACAGUCCCUCUGUUUCACACUGUUUAUUGUUGUUUCCAGUUCUACUUAACUUUCUCCUACGGUUAAUAGAUCACACAAGUUAUUUAGAUGAGCGCACACCAUAUGAUCUGCUAUCGCUACUUCCGUGGCAAAAGGCUGUUGUGGCCCCAAAAAACGCCAGAACACAUUUACGGUCAGCAACCAAGGUGUUGGUGUGAUAGAUGGUCAACAGCCAGGCUUUUUUUUUUAAGUAACGCAAAGAGUGCUGCUUUUAUACCAAAACCAUCAGCAAAAGCAGUACGGUAUUCCUAGCAGUGUGGAGGAAUGGAGAGAUCCUAGGGUCUUCAUCAUAGAUCCCUCAAAAUUCCCUCACAAGUUGAUGGGGUUGUUAAGAAAGCGCUUGGUGUGUUGCCCUUCAUUACUCAGUGAAUUGAGUUCAAGAGUUGCAAGGCAAUGUCUAUAAAACUGGUUAGACCACUUGGAAUAUUGCAUUCAGUUCUGGUCACCUCAUUAUAGUGGAAGCUUUAGAAAGGCUACAGAGGAGAUUUACCAGGAUACUGCCUGGGUUAUAGAGCACGUCUUGUCAAUAUAGGUUAAGCAAUCUAGAGCUUUUUCUCUUUAGAGCAAAGGAGGAUGAGAGGUGACUUGAUAGAGGUGUGCAAGAUGAUCAGAGGCAUAGAUUGAAUGGAUAGCCAGAGACUUUUUUCCCCUGUUACGUACCCCGUAACUGGGUUGCCAAACCAGCAGAAAUGGAUCACUCGGUUGGAGUCUGGAGUACUAGAACUAAGAAAGUUUUAUUAAAGAAAUAAGCAACACAGUAAUCGAAAGGAUAAUAAAUGCAACAGUUCAGCGAUGAUAAACACACAUGUGCACAGAAUUAAGAUAACAGCAUCAAUCAAGCUCUAUCGUUGUCUAGGGGUAAAUAACCAAAUUUCAAAGUGACUCAAAGUUCAGUCCAGUUUAGUAGUUCAGUUCGCAGUAAUCGUUGCCAUGGCGAUGGACAACGUGGGGGAAGAGAGAGAUAGAACAGGAACAACUGAUAAUUCAGCACAGCUUCACUCACAGACCGGCGAUAUGGCUCACAAACAACUUUUGGGCGGGUCCUUGGUGAUGUCACCUGAGGUCACCGACUGUGACCCCUCCUCCAGAUGCGGUCGAUCCUCUGCAGUGAACCCGGCACCCAGGCAAGGGCGGACACACACCGGGUUCCCGCUGAUCGUACCUUUCCACCCUGGCCGUUGACUGGUACUUCUCACCCACUCGUGAGAGGCGCACUGCUUCCAGGGUCUCGUUACCUCGGGUGGCGUGUGUGUCCCGCCUUAGCGAACCUGUCCCUUUUUAUCCCCCUGCUGGGGCAUCGCCUGUCCAUCACUUCAAACAGUUCAAGGUUCAAAGGGGGGAGCCGCUCCAGACAGCUCUCUCUCUCCCACGUCCCUUCAUUACACAUCUCCAGACGCUGCUCCAUUGUUCCUUAUCUCUCCUUCCCCUGAGGGCAGGUGGCAGACCACUUGCUGAUGUCACUGAUGCUAACCCAGGCCAGCAAACAUCUUAAUUUUUAUGUGUAUUCUCGUCACACCCCGCAGAGCAGAAAUGGCUGAUAUGAAGGAAUAUAAUUUUAUGGUGAUUGGAGGGAAGUAUAUGGGGAAUGUCAAAUGUAGGAUAUUUUCUACAGUGGUGGGUGCAUGGCCAACCCUGCCAGGAACGGUGGUAGAGGCAGAUAUACUGGGGAUAUUUAAGAACCUCUUAGAUAGAAUGAUAUGAUAGAAAAAUGGAUGAUAGAAAUGAAAAAUAGAAAGUUGUGUAGGAGGGAAAGUAAAUAGUAGAGAAGGUUAAAAAGUCAGCACAACAUUGUGGCCCAAAGGGCCUCUACUGUGCAGUAGUGUUCUAUAGUUUCAUCAAUAUCCAUUAACCCCAAAAAUGUGUAGAGGGAAGAAACAUCAAUAUGGUUAAUUUAACAAAAAGUCCCACAUUUCUGUUAAAUUUCAUGUUUCUUUUUCAUGACAGUAAUCCCCAAAUACGAAACCUGUGUUUUCAUAAUUUGAGCCAUUUUGGGGGUUAAAUUAUAAAUCCUGAGGAAUGCAGUAACAGUUCACUGACCAAGAUGAAAAAGUUCCUCUUCAUUUAUCGGUUUGUAGUAGUAUGUCAUCUGCAUACUGAAACAGGCACUUGGGACAAGAAGAUUGCAGUCCCUUAGCAAAAUGUUGGUGGAAAAAUGGAGGAAGAGUUGUGGUAAACAAGUUUAGGUAUUUUGCUGAACCUGGAAAUUAAAAGCUGAUUGACUAAGUGGUGAAAACCCAACUUAAUGUCUGUUGCGCCGCUGGCAUUUAGGGCAGCUGUGAAGGUCCUCCAUCUCUAUCUGUGUAAAGAUCUAAGACCAUUACUAGUGUCCGGAAUAGUAAAAUAGCUAGUCUGAGAACUUAGUCUGAUCACAGUUGCAGGGAUUGUAGAAACAGUAGGAGUGACUUAACUAAGCUGGUAAUAAACUAUGGUUACAUACCCAGGGUCCAUCUGGUUUACAGACAGGCCAGGUGGUUGAGUCCCUGGAAGAAUGCCUCAUUAGAAUAACCUAUGGAUUACUUCAGCAUCCUUAGGUUCUGCUUCUAUUGGAAAGCUGCAUGGUGUCUCGGGACUGGGGUCAGGCCCUACAGCUUUAACCUGUCCUUGCAUAUUUCCAUAAUCGUGCUUGCAUUCUGCAAAAACCUGGAAACAUUUCUGGAUUCAUUCAUGGCUUUAGGAUAGGGAAUAUGUGGAGUAGGGCCAGCUCAAAACUCACCCAUGAUACAGCUGUGGCCGUGAUAAGAGCCAGUCAAUACCAGUUUGAGGGUGCUUUGUUUACAGUGAUUCACAGGAUAAAACCUAUGGAAAAACUGCCUAAAAUCAGAAUGCCCUGCUUUAGGGUACAAAUCUACAAAUGUUUGUACUAAAGUUACCAUCGAGCAGGAGGUAUAGAAGCAUUUUUGUUUUGUGACCUUUCAAUUAAAUCUAUUGCAUUUCUUGGAUUUACUAUGAAUGCCCAUAAGAAAAUGAAUCUCAGGGUUGGUAUAUAUUU